AUGACAGAAAAUCCUAAUCAGCAGCAGCUCGAUAUCAAAGACGAGUAUGAGCUCUGGAGAAAGAACUGUAAAUACAUGUAUGAGUUCAUCAACGAGACUGCUCUUACAUGGCCUUCCCUCACAGUGCAAUGGUUACCUAAGCUGGAAACAUCAGACGUGAUUAACGCCAAGUUGUUGCUUGGAACCCAUACAUCUGGCGAAGCCCAGGACCACUUGAAAGUUGCUUCCACACAAUUGCCAAUCAAAGGCUCCGAUAAAAAGAUCUCCUCGAAGAUCAAGAUUACACAGAAGGUUGAGUGUUCAAGUGAGGUCAACAGAGCCCGUUACAAGCCACAGAACCCUGAUGUAAUUGCUACAAUUAAUGGUGGAGGCGAACUUGACUUUUACAACUUGGCUAACAAUGAAAAGUUUGGCCAUGUUUCUCCUCACACCGAGAACGGUUAUGGUUUGUCAUGGAACAGCUUCAAGGACAAUUAUUUGCUUUCCUCUUCGGAUGACCAUUCCGUGGCGUUGACUAACGUUGGCGAUCUCGAUAAGAACGGCGGUCUCGUGCACAAAUUCCAGAACCAUAGCGAUAUUGUGAAUGAUGUCAAGUGGCACCACUUCGAUGAGAACUUAUUCGGAUCUGUAUCUGAUGAUAAGCUGUUGCUACUAUUCGAUAUUCGUACUCCAGAAAAGGCCGUGCAUACCUUCCACAACGAGGAUUCCAAGGGUAUUAACUCGCUUUCGUUCUCGCCCUUUUCUCGUAACUUGCUUGCGCUUGGUAAUACCAACUCCAAUAUCAACCUUUUGGAUUUGAGAAAAAUCUCCAAGUCUAGCACUCCACUUCACACAAUGAUGGGCCAUGGCGACGCCAUCACAAGUCUUGAGUUCUCUCCACACAAAGACGGUAUUAUUGCCUCGGGUUCCCAGGACAGAAGAGUUAUUCUUUGGGAUUUGGCCAAGAUUGGAGAGGAACAGACACAAGAAGAUGCCGAAGAUGGAUGUCCAGAGAUCUUUAUGAUGCACGCAGGUCACACUGGCGGUGUCACUGACCUCAGUUGGUGUCCAUUUGACGACUGGACGCUUGCCUCCGUUGCUGAUGAUAACAUUGUACACUUAUGGGAAGUCAGUCUGUCCUUGGUGAAAGACACACCAGCUGCUCCUAAAGACAACGAGCUCGAGUAA